AUGAACGGUCCGAAUCCAACCGGAUCCCCUGUCGGCUGGGUCGCGUUUGUCUCAUUAUUCACGGCCACAAACAAGCGAGUAGCAACGCGAAUGGGCCUACAAAUGAUCAGAGACUUCAGAAGUUCCACUUUCGGGUCAGAUUCACGAAGAGACAUGAUAACUUCUGUUGCCAUGCCGAGAGGAGAUACAGCCUCGGCAGAGUGA